AAGAAAUGAAUUAUACGUGUCUCGUUGGUUUGGAUAUAAGCAUUUAAUGUUUUUAAAAGACAAUAAUACACCAAAACAUACAAGAGAUAGUCAAGAACAUGACUUGGAAAACACGCAAUACGAGGAUUCAUCAGAAACCAUCCUCACUGAAGGUUUCUCAAGCACUUUUCAAUUACAGCAUGCAGGAACAUCUCAUGACACAGUCAAGCAGUUGGAAACAAUAACAAAGAAACGUUCUGGAAAGGAGUUGAACUCUUCGGAUCCUCAUGAUAUUGGAAUAGAAUCAGAACCGUUCCAACGAGAUACCGUAAGGCAGUUAGUCUCAGCAGGAAAAGAAACCUCGGGAAAACGCCCAAAUAUGUCUGAUCCUCAAAUGAAUGGAGCUUUUGAAUCAAUAAAAACACCACAGAAAAUCGAAAAGUAAGGGAUAACUUUGACAUAUUUGGGGAAUACGUGGCAAAUAAAUUAAGAAGGUACGAUGCAUUUCUUCAAGCUGAUGUAGAACAGAAUCAAUUGCGUUCUCCAUGAUGCUGAUAUGCGAAUACUUUAUUAUUCACAACGGCAGUUUACUCCAAUUACAACGAAUUUGUCACUACGAACUGUAUCACCUGUUUCAAGUUCGCGCUCUUACGCAUCAGCUCCAUCUCCUUAUACAUCAACAAGCAUUCAACAUCUUUCUGAUCAAGAUAUUCCAAAUGAACAUAGCAUUCCAUCUCCUUAAACAUCAACAAGCAUGCAACAUCCUUCUGAUCAAGAUAUUCCAAAUGAAGAUGCCUUUAUUCACGCCCUACUUAGAUCCAAAACAGAUAACUCUACGGAUAUUUCAUAAAAAC